CUGCAGAGCUGAGAUGGCUCAGAGUACUUAAUCCAGCACAACUCCGAGGCCAUCAUCAGCACCUGGCACAAGGCCAUUAGUGAGGGCAUCCAGGAGGUGUCCGCAGACCUGCCCCCAGAGGAGGAGAGCCAGAGCAGCGGCGCGGACUUCGGGUCCAGCGAGCGCCUGGGAAGCUGGCGGGAGGACGAGGCGCGGCUGGGUGCAGGCGCAGCCGCCGCGGAGGGCGACCUGAGCAAGGUCCGGCACAGGCUCCGCAAGUUCCUGCUGAAGCGGCCCACGCUGCAGUCGCUGCGGGAGAAGGGCUACAUCAAAGACCAGGUGUUCGGCUGCCCGCUGGCCGCGCUGUGUGAGCGCGAGAGGAGCUCCGUGCCGCGCUUCGUGCAGCAGUGCAUCUGCACGGUGGAGGCUCGCGGGCUGGACAUCGACGGCCUGUACCGCAUCAGUGGAAACCUGGCCACCAUCCAGAAGCUGCGCUAUAAGGUGGACCACGAUGAGCGCCUGGACCUGGACGACGGGCGCUGGGAGGACGUGCACGUGAUCACCGGAGCCCUGAAGCUCUUCUUUCGAGAGCUGCCGGAGCCCCUCUUCCCCUUCUCGCAUUUUCGCCAGUUCAUCGCUGCCAUCAAGCUGCAGGACCAGGCCCAGCGCAGCCGCUGUGUGCGGGACCUGGUGCGCUCGCUGCCCGCCCCCAACCACGACACUCUGCGGCUGCUCUUCCAGCACCUGUGCAGGGUAGUCGACCACGGCAAUCAGAACCGCAUGUCCGUGCAGAGCGUGGCCAUAGUGUUCGGGCCCACGCUGCUGCGGCCCGAGACCGAGGAGACCAGCAUGCCCAUGACCAUGGUGUUCCAGAACCAGGUGGUGGAACUCAUCCUGCAGCGGUGCUCAGACAUUUUCCCGCCGCACUGACCGCGGGCUCCUACCCCCACCCUCGGGGCUGGCGCUGCAGACCUGGGACUGAGGGCAGCGACAGUGGUCCUGCCUUAGAAGCUGGACGGUUUGAGGCCGCUUGGCCAGAUUCACCGGUGAGGCCCUCGACCUCCCACAGGUCCGCAGGCGGAAGAGUAAUCUGCGCCCCUUGGUGCAGUAUGGUGACCCCUGGGGGGCGUUUGCAAAAUGUGAUUUUUGCAGUAUGGUGACCCCCACUCCCACUCCCACCCUCGGCCUGUCCUAUUUCGGAGCUUACUUGGGUUCUGUUCUUUAUUACAGCGACACCUACUGUGUGCGUGUGAGAAUGUGUUGGGGUGAGAGUUUGUUUUUCGGGAUCCUUCUAUUGGAGGAGGAAGCCUUGGGUGAGGGGCUUCUUGGCUUUUUCAGGCCUGCCUCCCCUCCUCCGCCCCUCCCCAGUCCCCCGUGUCAGCCCUGGGACAGCGGCCUACAGCUCCCCUGCUGCCCUGCCUUGUCUCGGGGCCAGACUCCUGCUUGACACUCUCAGUGGCUGAUGGUGGACGGUUUUCACCUGCUUUCCUGUUCUGGGCAGGCCUCUGCCCUCCCUGACCCACUUGUGUUUUGUGCACCGGCUGUUCAUAUUAACUGUGUCCCUCACACUGGCUACGAGACAUGCACCAUUUCCACACGCAGUCACAUUUGACAAGUGAAGAGGGUGUGGCAGUGGCAAAGUGACUUGUUCGGGGUCCUGUGGGCCACCUGACUGCCUCACAGACUCCUCUCACAGCACAGCACAGCCUCGGGAGGGCCACGUCAGCUCUUUCAGCUACCUCCCCCCCCCCCCGCACCCCUCCACACCCGUCAUGUGCUCACGGGCAGAGCAAAAGAAACUAAGGCAAAUGGGUUCUGUCAGGGCCUGGGGAGAUGCUGGAGGCAGACAGGAAAACUGCCCAGCUCUUCUGCUCUGCCGGUGGGCAAGUAGCAGGAGUCCCCAGCUCUCAGCAUCUCUGCUGUCAGGCUACCUGCCCGGUGCCCACCUUACCCUCGGGAGCUGGGAGAGGCCUGCAGGGCUGGAAGAAGGAAGGGGCAGCCAUGCCCUUUCUCUCCUCAGGCACAAACCCCUUCAGCUUCUGGGUUUCGGGCCACCUGCCCCACAAACUGUUGGUCUGUUCAACAAACAAUAAUAGCUAAUAUUUAUUGACAUUUGCACCCUGCCAAGCAUUUCACUUGGAUCGUCUCAUUUGUUUCUCACAGCCAAUAUUUAUUAUCUGCUCUUCUGUGCCAGGCUCAGUGCUCUGGGGUAGGGGUACUGCGAGUGCAGCCUCACUGGUAGAGCCUGCGGUUGGUGGCAGGCCCAAGCCCACCGCAAAUGCCAGCAGGGCCGGGACAAGAGUACAGAUGGAAGCCUCACACCAUACACUGCAAUACUGUAAAGUUACAAAUCAAGUUAUAACUGUUAAAUAAAAUAUGCUCUAUUCUCCUA